AUGCCCUCCUCGGUCCCCGUCGCAGGCGCCCUCGCCGACAUCUACCCUCUCCAGGCCCUCGGCCCAGAAGCCGCGCGCUGGAACAAGCUGCUGUCGCGCUUCCAGGACACCUAUGGCCGUCUCCCCGCCUUCGUCGCCCGCUCGCCCGGCCGCGUCAACAUCAUCGGCGAGCACAUCGACUACUCGCUCUACUCGGUGCUGCCCAUGGCCAUCACCUCCGACGCCCUCCUCGCCGUCUCCGCCACGCCCACCGCCGACGACGCCACCGCCUUCACCGUCCGUCUCGCCAACGUCCACGACGCCCGCUUCCCGUCCAAGGAGGUCCAGGUCCCGCUCGACGGCGACGUCGACAUCGACGCAACUCAGUUCGAGUGGACAAACUACUUCAAGAGCGGCCUGCGAGGCGCCCUGGCCCUGCUGCGACGCAAAAGGGGCCCCAACUGGCGGCCCUGCCACCUCGACGUUUUGAUGGACGGCAACGUGCCCGUCGGCGGCGGCCUGAGCUCCAGUGCCGCCUUUGUCAGUGCCAGCGCUCUCGCCGUCCUCGCCGCCAACCAGGAGACGCCCAUAGACAAGAAGGAAUUGACGGAGCUGGCCAUUGUGAGCGAGCGUGCCGUCGGCGUCAACUCGGGAGGCAUGGACCAGGCUGCGUCCGUCUUCUCCGAGCAGGGCUCCGCUCUCUUCGUCUCCUUCACCCCACAGCUCGCCGCACGGCCCGUCAAGUUUCCCCCGACCAGGCCCGAGCUUUGCUUCGUCAUAGCCCAGAGCUUUGUCGCAUCCAACAAACAGGUCACCGGCCCCAUCCGCUACAACCUCCGCGUCGUCGAGGUAAGCCUGGCCGCCGCCUAUCUCAACGCCGUCCUCAACCCGCCCGGCACCGAGCUACCCACCGACGCCGGGCCCCUCGGCACCAGCCUCCAGGGCUUCCACGAUGCCUUCUUCUACCACCGAAGCGGCUCCGACUCCGCUGCCGCCCAGACCCUCUCCAAGGAAGAGGAGCUCGGCAACCUCGUGGCCCUGACCAAGGAGACGCUGACACAGGAAGAGGGAUACACCGAGGAAGAGAUUGCCAAGGUGCUCAAUCUCUCCGUUCCCGACCUUGAGCAGCGCUUCCUGUCGAGCUUCCCCGUGCGGGCGGAACGCUUCAAGCUCCGCCAGCGGGCUCUCCACGUCUUCACCGAAGCACUCCGCGUCGUCAAGUUCCUCACGUACCUCGAGCGUCCACUGCACACGGGCGCGUCAGACACGACACCAUUCAACCGCGAGCUCGGGGCGCUCAUGAACGAAACUCAGGACUCGUGCAGAGACUUGUUCGAGUGCAGCUGCCCCGAGAUUGACCACAUCUGCAAGGUGGCGCGCGCCGCCGGGGCCUAUGGCAGCCGGCUGACGGGGGCCGGCUGGGGGGGGUGCAGCGUCCAUCUCGUCCCGGCGGACAGGGUGGCCGACGUCAGGCAGGCUCUGGAGCGCGAGUACUACGCCGACAAGGAGCUGACGCAAGAGCAAAGAGAAGGCGCCGUCGUGGUGAGCCGUCCAGCCGGCGGCAGUGCUCUCUACUACGUCGAGGGACCAAUCGUCGGCGACAGUUGA